AUGGCCUUCAAUCAGGUUACUGCUGCAUCUCUGACACCUACACGUCCAGCACCGCAAGUCCCACACCGACGGGGCACGGACAGCCCUUCAAUGUACAACCAGAGUACCCUUCAAUCAUCUGGCUACAACGCCUCAUUCUCUCUUACCUCUGGCUCGUCUUAUGCUCCAGAUUACAGAGGGAUAGGCGACUCGCCAAAUCGCAACUCAGAUGCCAUGUCCAGUUAUCACGUCAUCAGAAAUGGCAUGGUCAGCAUCAAGGAAGACGGUUUUGCAAGCUGGCUUUGGACGCGCAAAUGGCUGGUGUUGAAAGAACAGACGUUGUCGAUACACAAAUCAGAGUCUGCCCCGCAACAAAGCGUUAUCGCUCUCAAAGACAUCUCAAACAUCGAACGCACCGAUCUCAAACCCUACUGCCUCCUCCUAGAAACUAAAGACAAGCGCUAUCAUCUAGCAUUAAAGAACGACGAAGAAUUAUACGGGUGGCAAGAUGACAUCUACUCGCGAAGUCCGUUAAUGGGUGUGAGUAACCCAACAAACUUUGUGCACAAAGUGCAUGUCGGCUUUGAUCCUGUGUCGGGUGCUUUUACUGGCAUGCCCGAGCAAUGGAGCAAACUACUCACGAAAUCGGCGAUAACUCGGGAGGACUACGCCAAAGACCCCCAAGCCGUAUUGGACGUACUGGAGUUCUACACUGACCACCAGAAACGGGAACUGGAAGAGAUGGGAAUGGGAAUGAUGCCGGUAUCGCGGUCCAUUUCGGCGAGCUCAACUCCUUCGACACUCACUGCGUCUACAUUGGUUGGAUCAACAAUAUCCUCGCAGACACUGUCCCCAUACCCAGGAGACGCAUCCGGCGCUACACCACGAUUUAAUGCAGGGACUGGGCUUGCAGGCUCGGGGAUCACCAAGUCUGCACCUGCAACGACUCACGCUGCAACUCAACCGGCACUUGGAGCUGCUGGCGCGACCGCUGGACCUCCCCCUGUGAAGCCUCUACAGCCCGUGAAGAAGAAGGAAGCCCAAGCACCAGCCAUUGCUGUGACAGGCCCUGCAGACGACGACACCAAGGGAGGUGGAAUUGCUGCAGCUGCCGCGGCGCUGGAGAAACCCAAAGAGAAGGAGAAACGAAUCAGCACGAUGACGGAGGUACAGAUCAUGGAGAAGCUGAGGACUGUUGUUAGCAAGGAUGAUCCAAAGGCAUUAUAUAGCAAGAUUAGAAAGGUUGGGCAAGGUGCCUCUGGUCACGUCUACGUUGCCAAGUUAAUUGGUUCUGACAAGAAAGUUGCUAUCAAAGAAAUGGAUCUUUCGCAUCAACCUCGGAAGGAGCUAAUUGUCAAUGAGAUUUUGGUCAUGAAGGAAUCGCAGCAUCCCAACAUUGUCAACUUUCUUGAGUCGUAUCUUGUCAAAAAUAACGAGUUAUGGGUUGUCAUGGAAUUCAUGGAGGGUGGUGCUUUGACGGAUAUCAUAGAAAAUAAUACAUUGGAGGAAGAUCAGAUAUCCAGUAUAUCUCUAGAAACAUGCAGGGGAUUGUGUCACUUACAUAGCCAAUCGAUCAUCCACAGAGAUAUCAAAUCCGAUAACGUGUUAUUGGAUGCUGAAGGCCACGUUAAGAUUACUGAUUUUGGUUUCUGUGCUAAAUUAACGGAUCAAAAGUCCAAGCGCGCUACGAUGGUUGGUACGCCUUAUUGGAUGGCUCCCGAAGUCGUAAAGCAAAAGGAAUACGGUGCGAAAGUGGACAUCUGGUCACUGGGUAUCAUGGCCAUAGAAAUGAUCGAAAACGAGCCGCCUUAUCUCGAUGAAGAGCCGUUGAAAGCUCUGUAUCUGAUAGCGACGAAUGGCACACCGACGCUGAAGAAGCCCGAAGCACUUAGUAAGGAGCUUAAAGACUUCUUGAGCGUGUGUUUGUGUGUGGAUGUGAGAAGCCGAGCUAAUGCCAGUGAGCUCUUGAAGCACGAAUUUUUGGAGAAAGCAUGCCCAUCGUCUGGCCUAGCACCUUUGCUGCGGUCCAAGGCGAAGUCAUCAUGAUGAUUUAUCACCACCCCGUUGUAUCAAUUUCGCACAUGGCCAAGUUGUAGCUCAGUCGUGGACUUUGCGUAGUCUUUUCUCUUUUUUUCUUCUUUUUUUGCUUGUUCUCCUAACUGUGCCAUUCUCUAUCAUUUCCUUUCCUUUUCUGAACACGAUCUAUGUAUGACUUGACGUUGGGCAUGCAGGCCUUGACCUUCUCUUCUAUAUUCUGUCCAUAGUUUUCCUUGGAAAUGCGAUAGUGUACUUCCUAAUGCGGUACCUCUUUAGAUCUUAUGUCGAUGUCCUGCUAUGCGCCAUAUGUAAGACUCCUACCGCAAGCAGCAUCAAAGACA